CAUCUUGAAUUUUGAAGUAAUUUGCUUGGGGUAGAACACUGACAGUCUAGGAAUGAACGCGGAAAGUAGAAAAAGACAAAAUGUCGAUUUGUGGAAACAGGUAUCGACUAGGCAAGCUAUUCUGACAGUUGCUGUGAUCUUUAUUACCUCACUAUCAGCACUAUUCUAUGUGUACACCAGUUUCCCAGAACUUGCAGAAAAUGAACGACAGCAUAUGAAAUUACCAUUGCACAUUGAAGAUGCUAAAAAUCUGGGUAAACUUUUAGGACAAUAUAAAGAUCUCUAUUAUAUCCAAGUGUUAGCAGGACUAUUUACAACCUAUAUUUUCUUACAAACUUUUGCAAUUCCAGGUUCUAUUUUCCUCUCCAUCCUCUCAGGUUUUCUUUUCCCAUUUCCAUUAGCUUUAUUCUUAGUAUGCAGCUGUAGUGCAAUAGGAGCCUCAUUAUGUUACCUUUUGUCAUCACUUUUGGGACGUAAAUUACUGUUUAAAUACUUCCCAGCAAAAGCACAAGAAUGGACACAAACAGUGAAAAAACAUAGACACAACCUCUUUAAUUACAUGCUAUUUCUUCGGAUGACUCCACUGUUACCAAACUGGUUCAUCAAUCUUGCCAGUCCUGUGAUUGGAGUACCUCUCAUACCUUUUACAUUAGGCACAUUUUUUGGGGUAGCACCACCAUCUUUUGUAGCAAUACAAGCAGGCCAAACACUGCAGAACUUAACAUCUUCAACUGACGCAUGGUCAUGGAAUAGUAUUCUAAUAUUGUGUGUGUUUGCAGUGCUGUCACUAGUACCUGUUUUAUUUAAGCAAAAACUGCAAGAGAAGUUUGAUUAA